AUGGAAACUCCCAUUAUCGCAGUUCCUUCUGUCAAUCAUGGUCCAUUAACUCAUUCGUAUACGUACUGUUCACCCAAACCUCACGAUUCGAAUAUGGGUGAAGCACAUAUAUUGGGUGUUGAUGAAGCAGGAAGAGGCCCCGUCCUUGGUCCGAUGGUAUAUGGAGUUUGUUACUGCCCGUUAUCGAAAUAUAAGGAAGUGUCUACACUUGGAUUUGUAGGUAGUAUCAACUUGAUCGCGAAUUGGAGUAUAACGAUAAGACAAGCUGAACAUUGGCGUAAUUUGGGAACAAUAGACUCGAAGACUUUGAAGGAGACGGAUCGAGAGGCACAUUUUACGUUGAUCCAGUCGCGUAAUGACAUCAUUGGAUGGAGCGUGCGAGUACUUUCACCUCAAGAAAUUUCGUGGAACAUGCUCAAUAAAUCCAAAUACAAUCUGAACGCCCAAGCGCACGAUGCAACAAUCAACCUCAUUAGAGAAGUCCUGUCAAUGGGAAUUAAUCUUAGAGAGGUUUAUGUUGACACAGUUGGUCCUCCAGAGUCAUAUCAGAAAAAGUUAUCGACCUUAUUUCCGUCCAUUGAUAUAACGGUUUCUAAGCAAGCAGAUAGCAAGUAUCCAAUUGUUAGUGCUGCAAGCAUAUGCGCCAAAAUAACCCGGGAUCACACUAUGAAACAUUGGGCAUUUGUGGAAAAAGUGAACACAUCCAGAAUAUUCGGAUCAGGAUACCCAAGUGACCCAAAUACGAUGGCAUGGUUGAAAUCUAAUAUUGAUUAUGUAUUUGGAUACCCACGUAUUAUAAGAUUCAGUUGGGCGACUUGUGGAACGAUAUUGGAGAAAGAGGCAGCAUUAGUCAAAUGGCCAAGCGACGACAAUAGCAAUAGUCAAGCCAUCAACAGCCUAUUGCAAGAAAAUGAUUACAAACAUAAAAGCAAACUUUUCGAAAAUAUGAAAAGCGUUAAUGACUUUUAG